UAUACCAUCAUACACACAAGAGAGUAUACUAUACUAUAUAUGCUUAAAUAUUAUUAUAUAUAGUGGCCAAAGUGAUAUAUAUGUAUAUUUUUAGUGGGAUUCUCAUUCUUAUUCCCACCACCACCAACCAAACACAUCAACUACAACAAACAUAGCAUAGUAUAUAUUAAUAAUAUUACUACUACAAAAACUACUACAUUACCAUUACCACCUAUUUCUCUUCCCAUUUAGAUUUUUCAUUUCUUCACAACUUUUUCUUUUUCUCUUUGCUUUGUGGGACCCUUUUCAUUGACCCAUCAUUUCAUUUUUAUUUGAUGUAUCACACACACACACAAACUCAUGAGUCAUGAAAGAUAUGAUAUAUAUUAAGAGUAAUUAUUGCCUUUUUCUUUCUUUAUUUCUUCUUCUUCUAACUCCAAUAUCCAUCCAUAUUGAUAUGAUAUGAUAUGAUUCCCCUUUCUCCUUUUGGAUUCAACACAAACAAGGUACUAAUUAAACAACAUGGCUGGGGGUACUGGACUACUACUUUCAAUAAAGCUCAACUUAAAAUGGCUUAUGCUAAUCCUGUUAUUAAAAACCACUUCUCAAUCAACAGAUCCUGAUGUGGAAGGUUUAGCUUUGUCUGAUUUGCUAAAGUCACUCAAUGAUUCCAAUGGUAGAAUAACAGAUUGGAGUCUCAACCUUGUGAGUCCAUGUUUCAGUUGGUCUCAUGUCACUUGCAUAGGUGCAAAUGUUGUAUCCUUGAGCUUGCCUUCAAUUGGAUUUACAGGAACUCUUUCACCAGCAAUUACUACACUCAAAUCUUUAGUUUCCUUAGACCUUCAGAACAACAGUUUGAGAGGUGGUUUACCUGAUUACCUUGCCAACUUGACUCAACUAAAGAUUCUUAAUCUUGCCAACAAUAGCUUCAGUGGCUCUAUACCUGUCACAUGGGCUCAACUUUCAAAUUUGGAACAUUUGGACCUUUCAUCUAAUGACUUAACAGGAAGCAUUCCCAUGCAACUCUAUUCCAUUCCCACUUUCAAUUUUACAGGAACACAUCUUGCUUGUGGCUCUAGUUUGGAGCAGCCUUGUGUUUCAAGUGAUCAUACUCAAGUUUCAACCAAGAAGGGAAAAGUUGGAGCUAUUCUAACUUCUGCAAGUUGUGUUGCUUUUAUACUUCUUUUCAUUGGAGCUUUGAUUGCAUAUCGAUACCACCUUCAUCAAAGCAAACUCAAACAAGAUGUGUUUGUUGAUGUAAAUGGUGAACAUGACUGCAAGAUCUCGUUAGGCCAGUUGAGAAGAUUUUCUUUUCGGGAAAUUCAGCUCGCUACAGACAACUUCAGCGAGAGCAAUGUAAUUGGACAAGGAGGAUUUGGGAAAGUGUAUAGAGGUCUUCUUCUAGACAACACUAAGGUUGCAGUGAAACGCCUUGCAGAUUGUUAUAGUCCCGGUGGGGAGGCUGCAUUCCUCAGAGAAGUUGAGCUCAUUAGUGUGGCGUGUCAUCGCAAUCUCUUGCAUUUGAUUGGGUUUUGUACAACCUCAAUUGAGAAAAUUCUUGUUUAUCCUUUUAUGCAAAAUCUGAGUGUUGCAUACCGCUUGAGAGAUUUGAAACCGGGUGAGAAAGGCUUGGAUUGGCCAACAAGGAAGCGUAUUGCGUUUGGUACAGCCAAUGGUUUGGAAUAUCUGCAUGAGCACUGCAAUCCAAGGAUCAUACAUAGAGACUUAAAGGCUGCAAACAUCUUGCUUGAUGAUGAUUUUGAACCUGUUCUUGGAGACUUUGGUCUGGCCAAGUUGGUUGAUAUAAAGAUGACUCAUGCCACCACUCAGGUCCGAGGCACAAUGGGUCAUAUUGCUCCAGAAUAUCUGUCCACUGGAAAAUCAUCAGAGAAGACAGAUGUUUUUGGUUAUGGCAUAACUCUUCUCGAGCUUGUCACUGGUCAGCGCGCCAUAGAUUUCUCGAGGCUUGAAGAGGAAGAGGAUGUUCUUCUCCUUGACCAUAUCAAGAAGUUGCAAAGAGAGAAUAGGCUGCAUGAUAUAGUGGAUGGAAACUUGAAAAGUUAUGACUUAAAAGAAGUUGAGACAAUCAUUCAAGUGGCUUUGCUCUGCACCCAGACAUCGCCCGAGGAUCGUCCAACAAUGUCUAAAGUUGUGAAAAUGAUGCAGGGAGUAGGGUUGGCUGAAAAAUGGGCUGAGUGGGAGCAACUUGAGCAUGUAAGAAAUCAAGAAUUCCCACUUCAUCCUCACCAAUUUCCUUGGUUGGAUGAAACCACACAUGAUCAAGAGGCUAUCCAGUUGUCCAAACCAAGAUAGAGGCUUUUCAUUAGUAUGUAAAUUCAUAGAGAGAAAGAACAAAAAAACAUAACUGACUAUGUGAGAUAGGGAAAACUAAAUGAAUGAAAUGAGAAAGAAAGGAAACUUUUAAGUCUGUAAUCUGCAUAUAUAAGUCUUACAGCCUUGUUAUAUAUAUACAUGCAGCUAACUGUUGCUCUAGUCUAGUUAAUGUGUUUGCCUAUGGUUAUUUUUGAUC